GAGCGGCGGUCACAUGAUGUUUGUGUGCUGCAGCACUGACGCAUGGAAACAUUUUCAUUUAUUAUCACUUACUGAUUCACUGAAGACGUUGCUGGUAAAACUUUAAAUAGCUGAAGUGAUGAUGGACAGACAUGAAGAGGAAGAGGAGGAAGAUGAAGCCGCGUGUCCAGAUAAAGAGUCUGGUGUGAUAGAAGAAACUGUAGAGCUGCAGGAUAUUCUGCAUGUGAAUGAACAGACAGUACAGAGACUGACAGAUGGAUUCAUACAGCACUAUCUGCCAGAAUUACACACCUCCAAACGAGCCCUACAGGAGCUUACACAAAAUCAAGUUAUUUUGCUCGAUACUAUGGAGCAAGAAGUGAACAAAUUCCGCGAGUGCAACGCUAUGAUUGAUCUGAAUGCUCUGUUUACAGAGGCGAAAGUGUAUCACAGCAAACUAGUGAAUAUUCGCAAAGAAAUGAUCAUUCUGCACGACAAGACGACCAAACUGAAGAAGCGCGCGCUGAAGCUGCAGCAGCACAAACAGCGGGAGGAUCUAGAGAGAGAGCAGCAGAGAGAGAGAGAGAUUGAGCGAGAGAAACACCUCACUGCCAAACCCGCCAAACGCACCGACACCUGAAACGCACAGACUGAGCAUGCUCAGAUACAGAGCUCCACGCACUUCUUUGAGACUCCACAAUCAAUUUUUUGCUCUUUUCCUGGAUAUAUUUAUUAAUUAAUCAGAAACAGUGUGCUGCCUGUGAAUGACAGACAGGUAAAGAUGUUUCUUAUUUGUAAUGUCAGUUUCUAAUGUUGAAAUGAUGUGUAGAUCCUGCAGUGUCCCCCUUCAUCAUCAUCUUCAUCAUUUGUUUUCUUUAUGAUGUAAAAUGUCCAGACAUUAAAUACACAAUCCAAUAAACAUUCUUUCUAUU